UCCUUCCUGCUCGUGCUGGUCAACAAGGUGGUGCUCAGCACCUACAGCUUCCCAUCUCCAAUGUUUCUUGGAAUUGGGCAGAUGGCCACUACCAUACUUAUCCUGUAUGUAUCAAAACUAAAUAAAAUUAUUCACUUCCCUGAUUUUGACAAAAGUAUCCCUGUGAAGUUGUUCCCUCUGCCUUUGAUUUAUGUUGGAAAUCACAUAAGUGGAUUAUCAAGUACCAGGAAACUCAGUUUGCCGAUGUUUACAGUGCUCAGGAAGUUUACCAUUCCACUCACCUUACUGCUGGAAAUCAUCAUACUGGGGAAGAGAUAUCCACUGAGUAUUAUAGUCAGUGUAUUUGCCAUCAUUCUUGGGGCCUUCAUAGCAGCUGGAUCAGAUCUUGCUUUUAAUUUGGAAGGCUAUGCCUUUGUAUUGCUAAAUGAUAUCUUCACAGCAGCAAAUGGAGUUUACACAAAACAGAAAAUUGAUCCAAAGGAGCUGGGGAAAUAUGGAGUCCUUUUCUAUAAUGCUUUUUUUAUGGUGAUUCCAACGGUUAUUAUCAGUUUCUCUACUGGAGACCUACAGCAAGCCACAGAUUUCAAGCACUGGACAAAUUUUUUAUUUCUCUUUCAAUUUCUUCUUUCCUGCUUGUUGGGGUUUCUCUUAAUGUAUUCUACAGUCCUAUGCAGUCACUACAAUUCUGCACUUACAACAGCGGUGGUUGGUGCUAUUAAAAAUGUAUCCAUCGCUUAUAUUGGAAUGUUGUUUGGUGGAGAUUACAUAUUCUCAUUUUUAAACUUCAUAGGACUGAAUAUUUGUAUGGCAGGAGGACUAAGAUACUCGUUUUUAACCUUAAGAGGAAACAUCAAGCCUAAGCAGCCACCUGAUGAAGAAAACACACUGCUUGAUUCAAAGAGCUAGCAGAAAUGAAUGGCAUGAAAAGCAGUGAAGAUAGAAGCUGGCCUAGCUCUGCUGUAAAGUUUUUAAAAAAAGGAAAGAGAAAAAAAAACAUUUAGGAAUGUAUUUGAAAUGAGAAAAAAUCUACCUCAGUUGAAAUUGUAGACACAUCAUAGACUCAGAACUUUUCAUACACAAAGAGUGUUUUUGUGGGACUUUUUUGCUGCACAGCUAACCUGCAGCACUGAACAAUAUUGAACUGUAUGUCCAAAGGCAUUGGCUAGCUAUGAUUUUCUGUAUUCUGCUUGAUACUGAAAGUCCAGAAGUCCUUGCUCAGUUUCCAUCAGACAAAGCACCCUUUGAAAACCAAGGGGUUCAGUUCACCCACUACUCUGCAUCUCAUGUACUCGUUUAUGCUAGCAUAUUUAAUACUGUUGAAUCAGAAUAGAUUUCACCCACUCUGCAGUAGCUGAAAUAGGUAAACAAAGCACAGGGUAAUGUCGAAUUUGACCCUGAGAGUUGCUUGUGUAAGGAAUGAAUGAAACUGAAUGAAGAACUCAGGAUAUGACUCAGUAUUUUUUGAAAAGAGAGUUUUCCCUCUUACCAGUUCUUUCUGCCUAAUACUUCCAAUUAAACUGCCAUCCUCUGUGACAUCACAGUUUCCUAUCAUAAUUGUGAUAUUACAAAUGGAUUAUCUGUGGCUGGACAAAAUAAAAGGAAGAGGGAGGCUGAGAGAGAAAUUUGAUGUUUAAACAGAAAUAUCUUGCUUAAUUAGGCCCUGUCAUAUGGAAAAUCAUGAAAGAGACAAGAAACGUAAAUCCAUUUCUGUUCUGGAACAAUAUGUACUUUGGUGUCAAAGUCCCCUUCUGAAGAUUUUAUCAAUACUGACUGCACAGCAAGUGAUACUAUUGUGAGCUAACUGAAGCAGAGAAAAAUGAGUGCAAAUUGAAAGUUGUCACUAUGUAAUAAUGUGUCACUGGCACACAAAUGUUGGUGUCCAUAGUAUGCCAUGGAUGCAUUAUAGCUAAAAGACCUUUGUUCUGUCUUUGAACUCUAAAUUCAAGACAAAUUUGCCCAAUCAUUUGCUAAUGAGCACAUGAUGUAGUUAAAGUGGAUACGGGUUGGGGUCUUAUUCCUGCUGUCAAUGUGGGUUAAUAAUGUAACUUCUUAACAAUAAAACUUUCCUUAUCUGAAAAUACAAAUAAGUAUUUGCUUAUAUCACUGGAGGUGUAGCGAAGCUAAAUUGAUUCGUUUUUGGAACUGCCCUUUUUCCAAGAAUAGCCAGAUGACAACUGCCAUUUUGCAUUGCAUUUUGUGUGUUAGGCUGUUGUGAAUUCUCAGGAUAGCAGCCUACUAAAUUAAACCCUUUAGGAUUUAGGUAGGGAAAAAAAAGCCUCGCUUCUGGAUCCUCCUCUAUUUUAGGAUUUUUUAGAUUAUGCCAUAGGAGAAGAAAGUGGUUAAUAAGAGACAUGUACAAGAUGUUUUUCCAUUAAAAUCACAAGAAAAACAAAAUUUCAGAAGGCUCUGAAAUGGAACUGGGUAGAUCUGGACAGAUUGACUGGAUGUCUGACAUUUGGGCUUCAAAAUCAAGGAAAA